CCCGAGGUGUUGGCUCGGUUCAACCUCACCACAAUGUCGAUGAUCAGAAACUCGACUCUCUGGUUUGGUUGAGCCGCGCCAAUAUCGCGUGCCUUUUGCCCUCACUCUUCAAAGUUUUUUAUGUGCAGAUGUUCUGCUUCACCAGAUUUAAAGUGCAGUUAGCCUUCAGAGAAAGAUUGUAAGAUGCCAAGUGACUUGAUGAGCCAGGGUGAUGGUGGUUCAGGUUCAGGUUCAGGUGAUGCGACGUCGUGUAUAAAGAGUCUUAUCCCAUGCAAACCCUUUUUGAAAUCGGGUACGGCACCGAGGUAUUGCUGUGUGCCAUUGAGGGAAAUAUUGUCGAAGGAUGUUGCAUGUUUGUGUAAUGUGUUUCACAAUCCUGAGAUCUUGAAGUCGUUUAAUGUUACACUGGAUGAAGCUCUUAAAUUUCCCAGAGCUUGUGGUGCUAACGCUGAUAUUUCAAAAUGCAAGACUGCAUCAUCGCCUACACCAUCUUCAGGGCCUCCAUCAUCAAACAACAGUUCAGGUAGUCCACCUUCAAAUCGUGCCGCAGUACCUCAGAUUGCUAAAUUCGGAUUGAUUUCUUUUGUUGUUGCUUUGUGUUUUUCUUCGCUUUAG